AUGAAGAAAACAUUUGAUAGUAAUUGGAAUAAAUCAGAACAACAUUUACCACAGAAAUUUAGUGAGCCUUUAUUUGGUCAUUCAAUUGAAUUUGAUUAUAAACGUGAUAUAAAAUGUCUAUCGAAAGUAUUACAAAAUUAUAAUAUAAAUCAUACAUUAGAUUUAGAUUUUAUUCUUCGUUUUUUAUCAUCAUAUAAAUAUGAAAAACGUAUGAUACUUGUUCAUGGUCUUGAAUAUGAAUAUGAUUAUAAAAUUAUUAAAAUGAUAUGUGAACAACCUGAAUCUUCUAUACGUUUAUGUACAUUAGCUAUGGUAAUUGAUCCUAUUGAAUUAUAUGUACGUGAUUUUUAUGAUUUACUUAUAUCAAAACAAACUGAUGAAAAUAAUUGUGAUAUAUUAAGAAAAUUAUUAGAAAUUUUAUUAGCAUUAAAUAAUUAUGAUAUACAAAAAUUUAAAGAAAUAUAUGAAAAUUUAUUUAAAAAUUCUCUUGAAAAUGAUAUUGAACUUAUUCAUGAUAAAAAAAGUAUUAUGUCAAAAUUACUUAUUCAAUUACUUGAAGGAAAACGUUGUGAAGUAAAUGCACAUUCAAUAUCAGUUGCAAAAACAAUUGCUGGACAAUUAUAUGAAGUUCGUCAAGGUACAUCUGAUAUUGAUUCUGAUACAUAUACACAAUUAUUUACACGUGAUUCAUUUUCACAAUUAGCAGCUAUAUUUGAUAUAUAUGAAGAUAAAUAUGGACAAUCAAUACAAGAAGCAAUAGAACAUCAAUUUAAAAAUGAAAUUGAAAUUAAAUGUUUUCAAGAUAUGGUUGAAUAUAUACGAUUACCAAAUAAUUAUUAUUCUAAAAUACUUCGACAAGCAUUAGAUGAAAUUCCAAUUGAUUAUAAAACAUUAAUAAGAAUUAUUAUUGGUCAUCAAAGUAAAGAUUUAGAUGAAAUUAAAUUAGAAUAUUCAAAAAUUUAUGAUGAAACACUUGAUAAAACAAUAGAAGAUUGUAUUGAUAUUCCAGGAAUAAAACAUGCAUUUAUUAUGAUAAUUACAAGUGGAAAAAAAUUAUUGUCGUCUCAUUGUGAACGUGCUAUUUUUGGUCGUAGAAAUCAUAGUAGUCCAACUAAUUCAAGACUAAGUCCAACUAAUUCUAGAUUAAGUCCAACUAAUUCAAGAUUAAGUCCAACGAAUUCAAGAUUAAGUCCAACGAAUUCAAGAUUAAGUCCAACUAAUUCAAGACUAAGUCCAAUAAUAAUGGGUGGUAUGGAAAUAAAACAUCGUUCACAAGAAGCCAUUGAUAAACUUGCUCAUAUAUUAAAAAUAAAACGUCCACAUUAA